AUGAAAUACUCACAAUUGUCUUUUAUAUUCAUAUUAUUCACUACACAUAUACUGGCUUAUAGUGAUUCAGUUUAUAAUAAGCUGGUUGAAACUGCAAAUUAUGCAAAGAUAUCAUAUUGUACAAUAAAUCCACUAUUUAACAAUGGCCCACUUGCUGAAGAAUGUCCAGAUACUUCAUUUUGUACAAGAUCCAAAGCUUCUAAUGCUAAAAUUGUUUCCGUUAUAAAACCAGCAUUUACAAAAGGUGCUAUAAGUGGUGAUUCAUACGUUGCUGUUAAUGAUGAUAUAAAACAAGUGUUUGUUGGGUUUAGAGGUACUUUAUCACUUGGAGAUGUUAUAACAGAUAUAUCUGCUUUACAGUGCCCAUAUAUUCCAAUAUUAUCAAACAAUAUAAAUAAAAAAGAUUUUGAAUCAAAUUCAUCAGAUCCAAAUACCCUCAAAGAUUCAAUUAUUAAUAAAUCAACUAAUAAAGUUGAGUGUCCUGACUGUUUUGUUCAUUGUGGUAUAUAUUCUGCUUUUGCACAGAACAUUCAAGAAGUAGUUAGUGCAGCAGUUCCUUACUUGGAUCAAGGCUAUAAUCUAACAGUUACAGGACAUUCACUAGGUGGAGCUUAUGCAUUAUUGGGUGGUAUUGAAUUUAUGACUUUGGGUUAUAAUCCAUUAUUAAUCACAUAUGCUUCAGUAAGAGUUGGUAAUCCAUCUUUUAAUCAAUGGGUUGAUGAAACAUUAUUUGAUACUGAUGGUUUAGUUGAUCUGAUACACAGUGGUGAAGAUUUACCUUAUCCUUCAUUUUCAAGAGUUUUUCAAGAAACUGAUGAAGUACCAAAAUUACCAUUUAAUAUACCUGGAUCAAUUAAAUAUACAUCUUCUGGAUUAAAAUUUGUGAUUGAUAAAGUUCAAUUACCACAUCCGAAGAAUAACGUGUUGUUCCAAGGAGCUUCUAAUAACUUUGCUGAUGAUGCUGCAAACUUAACUCAGGUUCAACCACCAAUGUCUGAAUGGGUAUAUCAGCAUACACAUCAAUUUAUGAAGUUUGGAUGUGAUGAUUCCAAUAGUUAG